AUUAAAUAAUGAGAGUGGCUUAACUAGUCAUGAAUUAUCUACAAGAUUUUAUAAUCUUUUGUUUGGAGUAAAUACUUCAGGGCACCGCUUGCCCCCUCUGCCCCUCCUGAAAGAGGGCAGGAGAGGCACCCCUGGCUGCAAAUACAGAAGAAUAUGUUGCAUAUUUAAAAAAAUAGUUUGAGGUCUUGAAGAUUCUCUCAUGCAAAAGAGUGGGAUACUAUACUCACUAAUCAUUUAUGGAGCUGAUUCUGUAAAGCUGUUCAAGCAAGCGUUGAUUUCUAUUUGCUGAACACUUAAGCAUAUUCUUCCUUUGCAGUCUCUUUUGCUCAGACAAAUAAACGUUCAAAGUUUGACGACAUUUCACUUAUAUGUUUACUAAUUAUGCUGUCUUCUCAUUUAAAGAUCGUAAUUGUGUAGAUCUUACAAACAUACUUGCGCUUAGGAAGUCCGAAAGCAACGUUCAAUUUCUCCAACGAAGGAUUGUAUUUUUCUUGAUACAGAACAGACGUAAGCAGUAGAGAUGGUGGUAGGAGAGAGAGCUGCGUCCUCCACUAGUUCCAAGGGAAAUUUGGUAAAUAGAUCGAUAAUUGAGUAAAAAACAGAACAUAAGCAAAUUCUAAAUAGAAUCUAUGAAUCUUAACUUAGUUUCUACCUUCUUUAAGUUACCAGCUUUUUCCAUCAAAAUAACAUGUCAUCAAGGUUAAAGUAAAUGUUUUAUCAAAUUAAAGUAGACUUGCCGCUUUAGAACACAUGUUUUGGAAAGUGUUUAUAAAUUCGAUAGGUCCCCAAUAGAGCUUUCAUUACCGUCAACAGCUGCUAGAUGCUCGCAUAAUAUUUUUGCCACUUGAAUAGUUAAGAUCUAUGUACUGAGCUUAUAAAUUAUCAGAUUUAACGUUCCUCUGCCGCACUAUAAAAGGUGGAGGGUUAAACAUUUACUGCACUUAAGAGUCGAGCAAACGGAAUUCAUAGGAGCCGCCAUCUCCAUGACAAACACACCUGCAGAUGACAGUAUAAUCAACCAAAAGGAACUCUAUUGCGCGAAGGAACUAUCGAGCGGUUAUGCAGACAGGAUACAAAAUCGCUCUGGGCAUAUACUACGCCCUAUUUGGGACAAUUGGUCUUCUUGGGAACAUAGCCGUGUUAUAUGCUGCUUUGAAAAACAGAAAGCAAUGGCGAAAUAUUUCAUAUAUCUACCUGAUAUUUUUAGCAAUGACUGAUCUUCUCGGGUCGGUAAUCAUCGUUCCAUAUUUUAUGAUAAGCCUUUUUUUACCUGCAUUCAAAGAAUCGCUACGACAGAAAUACAGCCUGCCUUGUCAGUUUGGCGCGUUCUUUGUUUACGCCAUCGGAAUCAAUCGCAUCUUGUCGCUUGCACUUAUGUCUGCCGAUCGCUAUUUCGCGAUUAUGCGCCCAUUCUUGUACAAAAAGUUUGUUGAAGGGUGGAAGGUUGUUAUUGCAAACUGUCUUGUAUUGCUGCAGUCACUGGCUACUAAUCUUCCAAUGCUAAUUGUUCCAAACUGGACCAACUACGACGGACAACCUGGAGCGCCGUGUGGGUUCGUUUGGGAUGGCAAGUUGGGAUAUUUGAUCCCCUAUAUUGUUCUUAACUUCGUUAUACCUUUACUAGUUUUAGUUGCAAGCAAUGUUGUGGUGUUCAAUGUAGCAAGAAAACAAAGAAAACAAAUAUUAGCCGAGAAUACCCGUGUAAGAGUCGGCAUAAAGAAAGAAUCUUUGGUCUUUGGCAUGAAUGAAGCAGAUUCAGACGAGCCUACGCCAGCGGAUACAGACAGUUGCCCAUUUCAAAAGACCCCUACAUCUACGGCUAUUUCUGACUGUCAUGGUGGAUGUAAGGGGUCAAAGGUUAAAUGCAACAACAAUAUGUGUGAAUUGCAAACUGGAGAAAGGUGUAUAAGGCCCGCGAAUCUGUUCACUGUAGACGAGGACAAACCGGCCUAUUCCAUUCACACAGAAGAGAUGAUAAUGGCUAAAAACAGUGCAGUUAUAGAAAGCGCAGCCGGGAAAAGUAGCAGAAGAGCAAAAACAGAACGUAUAAGUCUCCAUGACAUCAUUAUUGCAUUUUCGACGCUGGUAAUAGUACUGGUCUUUGCUGUGACUUGGCUUCCAUUUGCAUUAUCAAGAGUAACUUUCGUUCUGAACAGAAGGCUCUUUUCAUGGAAUACUGUUAUCUGGACAUCAUCCUUAACAAUAAUCAAUUCUGCUUGCAACCCACUCAUUGUCUUAGGAACGAGAAGGGACUUUCAGAGCAUACUGAAAGAAAAAUUAAGGUUUUUCAGAUCUGCUAGGACAUAA